CGUUGCCUUGUCCUGCUGUCUCUUGGCAGGCAAGGAGCUCCAGGCGAGCUCGGUCGUCCUUCGGAGCCAAGGCUCACCGCCUGACGAACUUUGGGCAAGGUCGGCGCGGGCCAAACGAGGCUUGGCCGUUCAGGAUGCUCUUGAUGAGAUCCUCCAUAUUCUACCUCUUCCUUCUGCUACCAUUUAGCUCCUGGAUGCAGAAACUACCUACUAGAGAUGAAGAACUUUUUCAGAUGCAGAUCCAGGACCAAGCUUUUUUCCAUGAUUCUUCAGUACUCCCUGAUGGAGCAGAGAUCAGUAGUUAUCUCUUCAGAGGAACACCCAAACGGUUUUUUUUUGUGGUAGAAGAAGAUAAUACACCAUUUGCAGUUACCGUGACUCCUUGUGACACACCUUUGGAAUGGAAACUGAGUUUGCAAGACCUCCCUGAAGAAUCAAGUGGAGAAGGGUCAGGUGAACCGGAGCCACUUGAACAACAGAAUCAGCAGAUGAUUCGUGAAGAAGACACAGAGCUAUUUUCAUACAGAGGAAAUGAUGUUGAGUAUUUUGUAUCUUCUACUUCACCUUCUGGGUUAUACCAGUUAGAACUCUGGUCAACAGAAAAGGAUACAAACUUUAAAGUCUAUGCUAGUACAACUCCAGAGUCAGAUCAACCAUAUCCUGAACUACCUUAUGAUCCAAGAGUUGAUGUCACUUCUCUUGGUCGUACAACUGUCAGUUUGGCAUGGAAACCUAGCCCUACAGCUUCAGUAUUGAAACAGCCAAUACAAUAUUGUGUAGUUAUUAAUAAAGAACACAAUUUCAAAAGUCUCUGUGCUGUUGAGACUAAACAGACUGCUGAUGAUACAUUUAUGAAGGCUCCUAAACCUGGUCUGGAUUUUAGCCCUUUUGAUUUUGCCCAUUUUGGAUUUUCUUCCAACAGUAAUUCUGGGAAAGAACGUGGUUUCUUAAAACCAACACCAAAGCUUUAUUCAAAACUUUAUUCAAAGCCUAAAGUUGAUCUGGAAAAGAUAUGCAUUGGAAACAAGAAUAUAUUUACUGUAUCUGAACUGAAACCUGGUACACAGUACUAUUUUGAUAUAUUUGCUGUAAACGUCAAUACAAAUAUGAGUACUGCCUAUGUUGGUACUUUUGCAAGAACUAAAGAAGAGGCCAAACAAAAGACUGUUGAUUUAAAAGAUGGGAAGAUUACAGAUGUGUUUGUCAAGAGAAAAGGCACCAAAUUUUUGCGGUUUGCUCCUGUUUCAUCACAUCAAAAAGUUACAUUUUUUGUUCACUCAUGUCUCAAUGCCAUACAAAUGCAAAUCAAAAGAGAUGGAAAACUUCUGCUGUCUCAAAAUGUUGAGGGUGUCCAUCAGUUUCAACUUAGGGGAAAGCCAAAAGCCAAAUACCUUAUCCGACUGAAAGGAAAUAAGAAGGGAGCUUCCAUAUUGAAGUUUUUAGCCGCAACAAGGCCCAAUAAGCAGUCAUUUCCAUCUCUUCCUGAAGAUACAAGAAUUAAAGCCUUUGAUAAACUUCGCACAUGUUCCUCAGUCACAGUGGCAUGGCUAGGUACACAAGAAAGAAACAAGUUUUGCAUCUACAAGAAAGAAGUAGAUGACAAUUAUAAUGAGGAGAAAAAGAAAAGAGAACAAAAUCAGUGUCUGGGACCUGACUUGAGAAAAAAAUCAGAAAAAGUCCUCUUUGUCAACUGUCAAGCUUUUUGUGUGUCUGGCUCUUAUUCUAAAAAGCAACAUAUGUCAACCAUCCUUUGAUAUUCUUCUACAUUUGAGAAAAGAAGAAAGUUUUAUGUAAUAAUGUUUAGUAAAUAAGGCUUAGCAAUGCAACAAAAAGUUUAUUAUUGUUCUGAUGCAAAUAAUUAUAGUUAUCAGACAAAGUUAAUAAAUGAUAUGAACCUUAAAAAUAUUAUCAGAGAUUGCUGAUUUUUGGCCAACUUGCCAGCUAAUAGCAAGUCACUUGUGUGGUCAAUGAAAUGAAAUAUAUUCUAUACACCAUUAAAAUAAAUAUGCAUGAUUAUCUUUAAAGAAUUUUAAAAACAUACGUUCUUGUAGCACCUUAUUACUGCAACAUGCUAUCAUUAAAUUAUGAAAAGUUCAUUUCCUCUCACUGCUACUUGUUUUAACUUUCUUUAAACUGUUCUGCAAGAAAAAAGAGGUAAGAUCACCAAAAGGCUGCUGUCAUAUAGUAGUCAGUACAAUCUCUUCCAAGCCAAAUAUAAAAACUAAUAGAUAGCUUACUUAUUAUUGCCCUCUGUGUGAACUUUGAAGGAUUUGCCAAUCCUUCCUGUUUCCCUGAGAACUGUGAAUUUUCAGGGAUAGGAGGUUUUGUUUAUAUGCAGUGGACAUUGUCAACUUAUAGUUUCUAUCCCACAAAACUUUUGCCAUUUGUCCAAUUCUAUAGUUUUUAGCCCAUGCUAUCAUGGUUUCUUUUACUUGCUCCUCUUCCAUUCUAAUGGUCAAAAGAUAAUUAUAGAAUUUUUAAAUUAGUUUCUCCUCCGGUCCCAUUAAGAUUUGAUCCAAUUCUGUUAGUUCUUUAUAAAAACCAUAUGUUUUAGCAUCUUUAUAAUAUCUAGAUUGUAUCUGUACAUGCAGCCACCAUGCUAAGUCUGUCCCUUGGCUAUUCAAUUCCUGAUUGUUUUUCAAUUCCUUCUUCUCAUUCAAAAUAUCUUUGUAUCUUACCAUUUUUCCCAUAUCCAUUGCAUUUGGGUAUAUUAGUGCCUCCAUUGUGGAGAGCCAGACUGGUAUUUUCAAACAGUAUUUUUCCUUGUUUUUUGCCCAUACUGAGAACAGAUCAUUUCUAAUAUAGUGUUUUGGAAAUAUUUGUGUGCUUGGUAUUUCCCAUUCCAUAGGAAUGCAUGCCACCUCAGUUGCAAAUCAUGCCCCUCAGUUGCAAAUCAUGUCCUGCAAGUAAUUGUCUAUGUCUCAAGAGUUAUCCAUUCUUUUAGCCAAGUAAGGGCAGUUGCUUGGAAGUAUAAUUUCCAGUUUGGCAACCCAAAGCCUCCUCUAUUGGUAGAGUCUUGUAGUAAUUUCAGCCUAAUUCUUACCUUUCUACCUUGCCAGAUAAAUUAGGAUACUACUCUGUUUAGUUCCUCAAAAUGUUUUCUUUCAAGCUUUAUUCGGAUGGUUUGGAACAGGUAUAACAGUCUCGGUAAGAUAUUCAUUUUGAUGGGGGCUAUGCUUCCUAACAGUGAUAGUUGCAUGUUUUUCCACUUUUCCAAAUUUAGCUUAAUUUGCUGUGUUAGUUUUAAAUAUUAUUUUCUUUUAUAGUUACACAUCUUGCUAAUAGGUAGAUUCCCAAAUAUUUUACUUUUUGUACUAUCUAAAUGUCUAUCUUUUCCAUUAGGUUUUUCUUCUGUUUAUCUGUAAGAUUCUUAACUAAGAUUUUAGUUUCCUCUUUAUUUAUUUUCAAACUUGCAACAUUACCGUUGUCUUCUAUUUUCUUUAUUAAUUUGAAUCCUGUUUCUUGCGGUUCCUCUAUGAUGAAAACCAAAUCAUCUGCGAAAGCUUGUAAUUUGUAUUUUCCCUUUUUUAUCUCCAUGCCUUUUAUUUCUAUAUCUUGGCGGAUGUUUCUAUUUAACACUUCUAAAGUCAGAAUAAAUAGUAAGGGGGACAAUGGACAUCCUUGUAUUGUGUCUCUUUUAAUAUUAAUAUUCUCUGUUAUGUCCCCAUUUACAAACACUUUUGCAGAGAAGACUGCCAUUUUCAAACAUCUAUUUUAAUUUUAAUUUUUUACAUCCUUCCCUCCUCCUACUAUACCUUUGAGAAACAAACAGAAACAGAAUGUAUAGUAUUAUCUCUUAUGAAAUAUAGAAAGCAAAGAACAAAUGGUUAAUUUGGCAUUGGUGAAGUAAAAUGGUAAAUCUUCAUUAAAAUGUGGGUAGCAGUUUCCAUAAAGGUUUCAGCAAAUGUGAUAUAGUGCUGUAUAAGUUGCCAAAGCAGACAUUUAUUUUGGAAUAGAUUUUGCACACCAUGCCUUAAGUAUUUUACUAAAGCUAUAAGCCAUAUGUCUGCAUGAACUAUUUGCAAUAAAGGUGAAGAAAAGAGCUUCUAGAGUUAAUGUUUAUUCAUGACAUUCAUCUGGAUGUAACAUUCAUGCUAAUAGGCAAAAUGAAAUAUUA